CAUAAACCCCACGGACGGUGCGGUAGAUACCUCCGAUGUGGUAGAGACCCCGGAACUGAGGGGCCGUGAGGUAGACACCCCCAACAUGGUGGAGACCCCGAAGUCUCCUGACUGUGCGGUAGAGACCUCGGAUCUGACGGACCGCGCGGUAGAAAGCUCAACCUUGACGCUCGGCGGUAAAACAAAGAUUGAGGACACCGCGGCGUUGGUCAAGUUGCUGCAAGUCGCCGUUGAACCAAACAGAGUCUUGCUGGACGUGAUAGAGGCUCUGGAGGAGAUUCCAAGCAUCAUCGACCUGCGUCUGGAUGGACCGCUCUACGCAAAGCUUCCGGAAAGCAUCAGCCUACAGUACGACGAUUACAUGGAUGCGUACACGACACGUUUCUUGGGCGAAAAAUACGGUGCUUGGUUGCGAAACUUUUUUGUGGAUCAAGAUUUGUCGGCAAGACAGUGGCAAGCACGCUUGGAUGGUGCAUCAUCCCAGGACGAGGACGUCACCUCGCUUAUUCGGGUUGUUAGGGCAUCAUUACCAAUAUUCCUAAAAGCAUUCCAACUGGGGCACGAAAGUCCGUUGUCGGAUGUCAGCGUUCAAGAGAACGUGCACUUGAACUCCUUCGUGCAUCCAACACUAGAAGCAGCAUGUUGGCAAAUAGCCAACGUGCAUUACCCGUGCCAAGGUCUCGUAUCAUACUCGCCCGAAGUCGCGCCGAGGGCGCUCCGGCGACACUCUCUUCCAGCCCGGCACCCUGCAAGAGAGUGCCCGGCUUCACGCACCGCGGGAAGUACCGGGUCGAGUAUGAUACGAGACCUUUGGGACGGGUACGUGUUCGGAGAAAUUCCCUUGAAGCGGUAUAACAUCUCGGCAAAACAGAAGUCUGAUGGCCUCGGCGUGACGGAUACCCCCGAUCGCUUCCCUGUGUGUACUUCGAAGGAGCCAAGCCGGACACGUCAAAAAACAAGGAUGCAAAUGACCGAGCAAAAAUCCAGGAGAACUUGCGUAGAUGUACGGGAGACUGGUCAUUGAUCAAAUUGAAAAUCGUAGGCGCCUCCCGCGCUCGCUGGUAAUCUUUUCGGGUCAAGCCGUGGCCCGCAGAAUCAGGCUUUCGUACUUACAGUUUUCCCAGGCAUUUUUCACGCAUGAGGUUGAUAUGAUAACCCUCCCUCGAGCCUUGACUGAGAUGGAGGAUUUUGUCCGUUUUUAUGAGGGAAUUCUGAAGUGGGCGCUACUACUGCGUGAGACGGUUAGAGCCUUGAAGAGGAACAGGUUGACCGGAAAUCCAAGCCGCAAGUCUUCGGGGGCCGCCCUCAAACUUUUGCACCAAGUGAAUCAUCUUCUGGAAUAGCGAGGGAGAAGCUUACAUUGGGAGAGCCCAUACAGGAAGAGUCCACACAGGGAUGUCCCACAACGGGAUGGCCCACACAAAAAACCCCUGCAAGGCGGGUGUAUACUGUUUAUUGUAAUAUGUGAAGAUGCUGCGUUCUUUCAUCAAAUGCGG